UGUCCAGUUUAUGAUGAUAAAGAUAUGCAGUUUAUCUUGUGGUCAGUAUAUAUAAUACAGACCCAUUGAUUUUCGGACAACAGUUGCAGUUGCAACUGGACUGGAAAUCGACUUGAUUCAAGUUAUCUGAGUGCACCAAAAAUGAAAGUUUGCGCGAUACUUGUUAUCGCAUUGUCGAUAAGUAGCAUUUUUGCUUUAAAUGUUCCUGUCAAUGUUGGUGGAGCGAAGAGAAAACCACAUUCCAAAGGAGUGCUGGGUUCAGACACCGGAAAGCAAAGCCAGUCCGGUGGAGUCCUAGGCUCUGUCACAGGCGGGAAACAUGGUAAAGUACUGGGUCUUGUAUCCGGUGGCCAAAAACAAUCUGGUGGACUACUAGGUUCUGUCACGGGUGGAAAACAUGGUAAAGUACUGGGAAUUGUAUCUGGUAGCCAAAAACAAUCUGGUGGAGUCUUAGGCUCUGUUACGAGUGGAAAACAUGGUAGAGUACUGGGAUCAGUUACUGGUAAACAAAGUCAAGUUGGAGCAGUCAUUGGCAAAGUUGGUGGCAAGCAUGGAGUUGUUGGUUCUCUUAUUAGUAAAGAAGGUCCAGUUGGUGAUAUUGUUGGUAAAGUUACUGGAAAAAAAACUCUUGUAAGUAUUGGAGAAAAGAAAAGCUGCAAAAAGAGACGCGAUGAUGAUAUCGUUGAUGAUGGUAUUGGUGUCGAUGAUGAUGGUAUCGAUACAGAUGAUGCUGAUAUUGAAGACGAAAGUGACAAUAAUGAUAGUAGUAGCUCCAGUGCAUGGAGUAAAUCAUCAAGCUCCGCCAAAGCAUGGAGUACAUCUUCGAGCUCAAGCUCAGCAAAAGUGUGGAAAACAUCAGUAUGGACUCCUUCGGGAAGAAAAUGGAUAAAAGAAUGGAAGACACCAAAAGGUGUUAUCAUUGAAAUUACCGCUGAUGAUGAUUCCGACGAUUCUGGAAUGAAUGAAGCUGACGAAGAUGCCGAAGAUGGAUCAGUAGACUCUGGUGAUGAAUCAGAUGGAGGUUCUGAAGAUGGAUCAGACGGAGAUUCUGGUGAUGGAUCAGACAGCGAUUCUGAAAAAGGAUCUGGUAAAAAAACAAAAAAGGGAUCAGGUAAAACUACCAAGAAAGGAUCAGAUGGGGACUCCGACGAUGGGUCAGAUGGCGACUCUGGGGAUGGAUCCGAAGGAGGUUCUGAAGAUGGUUCCGAAGGCGAUUCAGGAAAAGGAUCUGGUAAAAAACCUAAAAAAGAAUCCGGUAAAACUGCCAAGAAAGAAUCAGGGGGAGACUCCGAAGAUGGAUCAGAUGGCGAUUCUGGUGAUGGAUCAGAUGGCGAUUCUGAAGAUGGAUCAGACGGAGAUUCCAGUGAUAAAUCAGACGGUGAUGGAUCAGACAGCGAUUCUGGAAAAGGAUCAGGUAAAAAAACCAAAAAGGGAUCCGGAAAAACUACCAAGAAAGGAUCUGGCGGAGACGAUAAAGAUGAAUCAGAUGGCGAUUCUGGUGAUGGAUCCGAAGGAGGUUCUGAAGAUGGUUCAGAUGGUGAUUCCGGUGAUGGAUCGGACAGCGAUUCUGGAAAAGGAUCUGGUGGAAAACCUAAAAAAGGAUGCAGUAAAACUACUAAGAAAGGAUCAGGUGGAGACUCCGAAGAUGGAUCUGAUGGUGAUUCUGGUGAUGGAUCUGAAGGAGGUUCUGAAGAUGGUUCCGAAGGUGAUUCUGGAAAAGGUUUAGGUAAAAAAACCAAAAAGGGAUCCGGUAAAACUACCAAGAAAGGAUCUGGCGGAGACGGUGAAGAUGGAUCCGAUGGCGAUUCUGGUGAUGAAUCAGAUGGUAAUUCUGGUGAUGGAUCAGAUGGCGAUUCUAAAGAGGGAUCUGGUGGAAAACCUAAAAAAGGAUGCAGUAAAACUCCCAAGGAAAGAUCAGAUGGCGACUCCGACGAUGGAUCGGAAGGGGACUCGGGUGAUGGAUCAGACGACGACUCUAAAAAGGGAUCCGGUAAAACUACCAAGAAAGGAUCAAGUGGAGACUCCGAAGAUGGAUCAGAUGGCGAUUCUGGUGAUGGAUCCGAAGGAGGUUCUGAAGAUGGUUCCGAAGGUGAUUCUGAAGAAGGAUCUGGUAAAAAACUUACAAAGGGAUCCGAUAAAUCGCCCCAGAAAGGAUCAGAUGGAGACUCCGAUGAUGGGUCAGAUGGCGAUUCUGGUGAUGGAUCUGAAGGAGGUUCUGAAGAUGGUUCCGAAGGUGAUUCUGGAACAGGAUCUGGUAAAAAACCUAAAAAGGGAUCCGGUAAAACUACCAAGAAAGGAUCAGGUGGAGACUCCGAAGAUGGUUCAGAUGGUGAUUCUGGUGAUGGAUCGGACAACGAUUCUAAAGAUGGGUCAGAUGGCGAUUCUGAUGAUGGAUCUGAAGGAGGUUCUGAAGAUGGUUCCGAAGGUGAUUCUGGAACAGGAUCUGGUAAAAAACCUAAAAAGGGAUCCGGUAAAACUUCUAAGAGCAAAGUCGAUGAUGAUUCUGAAAUAGAUAUUAUAUUACGUGGAUCGCGAUGGGGAGUAAUAAGCGGUAGCCGAUCUCGAGCUGCUAGUUCAUCAUGGAGUCGAAGUAAUUCUGGUUCCGUUGGCGGUUGGGUUUACCGUCAUGGAAAAUGGCGGAAAAUGUUGAGCUCUCCAAACGAUGCCGAAAGUACCGAUUCUAAUGACGCUUCUGUAGUCGAUCCUGAAAAUAUGAAACCCACUGUCUCAAAACGUGGUGGCAAACAUGGAGGUGGAGGCAAAGGUGGUCGACGAGGUAAAGGUAAACGAGGUGGAAGAAGAAAAAAAAUUUCAGCACAAGUUGGCUCUUCAAAUAGCGACCGUGAUGAUCAAACAGAACAAGAAAAUCCCUCCGGUGGUGACAACGAUAAUAAAAAAAAUCCUACUUCAGAAAGUGGAUCUGAAAACCCCAGUGGAGAUGAUAGCGAAAAUGUUCCAUCAAGUGAAAAACAACCAGAGGAUGGAGAGAAGUCUCCCAGCAACAAGAACGAGCCAACUAGUAAUGAUAAUGAUAAUAAUCAAUCCGGAGUAGAUGAUGGAGAUGAUCAAUCUAGUAGUAAUGAUGAAAAAAGUUUAUCCGGUGCCGUAUCUUCAGCAAAAAGUGCAUCAGCUGCUACCAGCGUUAGCAAGAGUGUCAGUGGAGCUACAAGUGGAGCUUCAUCAGUAGCCAAGAGUGCAUCAGCCGCUACCAGCGUUAGCAAGAGUGCCAGUGGAGCUACAAGUGGAGCUUCAUCAGUAGCCAAGAGUGCAUCAGCCGCUUCCAGCGUUAGUAAGAGUGCCAGUGGAGCUACAAGUGGAGCUUCAUCAGUAGCCAAGAGUGCAUCAGCCGCUACCAGCGUUAGCAAGAGUGCCAGUGGAGCUACAAGUGGAGCUUCAUCAGUAGCCAAGAGUGCAUCAGCCGCUUCCAGCGUUAGUAAGAGUGCUAGUGGAGCUACAAGUGGAGCUUCAUCAGUAGCCAAGAGUGCAUCAGCCGCUUCCAGCGUUAGUAAGAGUGCUAGUGGAGCUACAAGUGGAGCUUCAUCAGUAGCCAAGAGUGCAUCAGCCGCUUCCAGCGUUAGUAAGAGUGCUAGUGGAGCUACAAGUGGAGCUUCAUCAGUAGCCAAGAGUGCAUCAGCCGCUACCAGCGUUAGCAAGAGUGUCAGUGGAGCUACAAGUGGAGCUUCAUCAUUAGCCAAGAGUGCAUCAGCUGCUACCAGCGUUAGUAAGAGCGUCAGUGGAGCUAAGAGUGCAGCUUUAUCGAAAAGUAGUUCAUCAGCUUCAAGUAUGAGUAUGUCCAAGAGUGCUUCUUCAUCUCAAAGUAGCUCUUCAGCUUCAAGUUCCAGUAAAAGUAUAAGCUCAUCAAAGAGUGCUGCUUUAUCUUCUGCCACAAGUAGUUCAUCAGCUUUAAGUUCUAGUGGAUCUGGAUCAACAAGUCAGGCUGCAUCAUCAGCUAAUAGUCAAGCUUCGUCAUCUGCUAAUUCUCUCCCAUCCGGACUAUUAGGUUCAGGUUCUCAAGCCUCCAGCGGUGCAUCCUCACAAGCUUCAUCUAGUGCCAGUUCAAUGAGCGGUUGAGCAUCAUCGCAGUGAGACCUAUUAUUCUUGGCACAAUUAUUCUGGAUUUAA